AUUCGCGCUCGUGCUGCUGUUCUUGAAGCACCUUCGAAAGCGAACGGAUACAUCGAGACCUCUCUCUCGAACGCUCGUAUCUUCUCGCGCCUCGUGUUAUUAUUUUGUUGCUUUUUUUUGUUCGUUUUCUCGAUUCUUUUUACGUUCGGUUUUAUAGCGUUUUUAAACGAAAAGCGAAAGUGUGAAUGUAAUCGAAACACCUGAUGUGACGAUGAUGACCCGUCCUUUUCAAUUUAUGAGAGGAGAAAAGUAUCCUUUUUAAAAAUAAUUGAAGAGGAUUGAUUUCGGUUUUGAGAAAAUUUUCUUUGAAAGUUAAGUUGUAAGAAAAUAAAAGAAAAUGCCAGCUGAUGAUGUUUAUUGGAGUCCAACAGAAUUGGAAAGUGAAGAAUCAUCAAGUAAUAUUUACAAAAGUUACAUCGAUCCGUGGGAUUUAGAAAAUUACGCCUACAUAAGAGAACACUUAGAUUCUCUUGAUUUAUCCACGACAUCUUCAGAAGCUGAUGGUGGUGGUGGCGGGGGAGAAAUGCAUUCUUUGCCGCCAUCCGCAUUUUCGUAUACGUCCCAUCAAAGAAAUCGGCCUCAAGAGUUAAGAAAUUCGAACGUAGUCGAUAAAUAUGGCAGUUUAAUGAAAUCGGAACGAACGACAACAACCACUUCUAAUUACGCGGCUAUUGAUGAAAUCCGCGAUACAAGAGACUUUGAUGGAUUUUAUUAUGGCCCCAAAAGAAAUAUCGAGCGAAGAUACAGCAUGAGAAAUCGAGAUUACGGCCAUCAAAGUGUGGACGAAAGCUUGUAUGGAGAUGUUGACAGCAUGUCUCAUAUUUACGCAAAAAGGCGCCAAGAAACUAAAAUACCCGCCGCCAAAAUAAGAAGACGAAGAAGUUACAGUUAUAGUCAAGGAGAUUAUGGAUACGAACCAUUAAGCUCUUACCAAAUUUAUAGUCGAUUAGAAGACAUAAAGCAACCCAUCCCAUCAUCACCAAUUUACGACGAUAUCCGACAACCAACUCCAACGCCGACCAAUUUCGGCUUGAGCAAUUACGGUCAUUUAAAAAUUGACUAUUCCUACAGCUGGAACACGCUAAAUAAAUUUAUUUAUAAUUGAUUGGUAUUCAUGAUCUGUUUACGUUAACUUUCUGAAAGUCUAACACGUUAAAGAUGAUGUAAAGGAACGUGUUGGAACGUCACUAUCGUUGUAUUUAAUUUUAAUGUAUUGUUUACUGUUGUAUACUAUGUAUUAACUCUUUACCAAAUUGAAAAACACUAUUAAAAAAUAAUUUGUUGUAAUUAAUUGUUGUAACUCUUUACAUGCAAUCAUGUAUACUAAGCAAAAGACGAGAGUCUAAUUCAAAAUCAUUUCUUGUUUAACAGAAAGAUGAAAUACUCUCUCUUUUUAAUGGACAGAAAAAUUUAAAAUAACCGUUUAAACGAAAUCGAAAUUUAUUUCAUUUUAUAAUUUUAUUUCAUAGGUACCAGAUAAAUUGCUAACUUCACAAAUAAUAAUUAGGCAAUGCAAGAUAAAAUUGUCAAGAUUCACAUAAAUAUGUGUUUUCUAAAUGUGUUUCACAAAUAUUUUUGAUGGCUAAUUUAUCUUAGCAAAUAAUGACAGUUUUGAAUAAAAAAUGUUGUAUUCAAUGCUUUGAUACACAUAAGGCGUCAUAACGAAUUUUUUAGUGUUCAAGUGUUAAAAAAAAUGUGUAAAAUUUACAUGCGCAUAAUUGAUACAUCAAAAGCCAAAAUAGAAAAUUAUAGGAAUUCAUUCAUACACUCCUUCUUACAUCGACUUCACUACUUUUCUUCCGUCAUUCAUCCAAACUCAUAAAAGAAAAACAAGACCAGUUCAAACUGUAAUACCAACAGUCUAAGAAAUCAUCUUUAUAUGUUUCAUCCUCCAUUCACAGAAACCUCAUCAGCGGUGACCUUUUCACGUUUAUUUAUCUAUCCAUCCAGACCGAUUUGAAUUCAAAUAAUAACACAUUGAAUGUCUUAGUCAAAAAUUCAAAUCUUCUAUAUUCUGUUUUGUAUCUCUUUGUCUAUUGUUCUAUUCUUAGUAAUAAUGGUGUCCAUAUAUUACAAUUUAUCUAGUAUUUCUAGUCUCUCCCCGUAUAGUCCCAUACUCAUGUUUUUAUCUUCUUCUCCUUUCUUUAUGUGCGUAAUCUUCGUUUUUCCUGUAUUUAUUUACAUUCCCCUUUCUUCUAAGGAUGCUUUCCAGAUAUUAAUUCUUCUUUGUAGUUCUAUUGUCGUAGUAUCAACAUUAGUUCGUCUGCAUGGAUUACAUCGAAUGUCUUCAUCGGUGUUCCUUGUAAUUUUCGCAUCGGAGCUUUUCCACAUCGACUAUAAUUGCUUGAGCAACCAUCUUUUAACGUUUCUAUACGGUGCGUAUCUUGUCAGGUCCAAAGUCAAUACAGUUUUCAAGUUUGUCAAUAAAAAUGCAGAUGUAUGGAUACUGAUAUCUUUUCUUUCACAAUUUCUACUUAGAAUUUUUUUUUCAGUUUAUCGAUCUUCGAUAAUUCUUUUAACUGCGUUUUUUCUAAGUCCUGUAUUGCCUUUAUUCCAAUUGGAUGCCUUUGACUAAUUGAAUUAUCUGUCCAUCAAUCAGAUUUCUAACAGGAUCUAGUUUAGGACUAGUUUUAAAGCUAUGUAUAAAUUACUUAGUAUUUAUAUUAUCUUAAAUGAAAAGCCGAACAAUAACAGAACACAGAAUACAGAACACAAAUUUGAAUGCAAUUACGAAGGUGUUGACAAACAGACGUGCAUUCCAGUUCGCACGCACGUUUCUCAUCAAUCAUGAAUUGUUUGGCUAAAGUAAAAAACACGCAAACAAAAUAACCACUUCGCGAAGAAUGCGUACCGUAACUUCCACUGUUGUUAUCCCAUAACAGUGGGAGUAGCACGAACACUCCUUUUCUUAAUUUAUCGUUUCAAGAAACGACGACUCGAACGUAAUCCAGUUUUAAAUUUAAAACUAUUUCAUUAACCACCAAAAAAAUUAUUUCCUCACCUCUAUUUCCGCAACCUAACCCGAACUUCAUAAACACGAAAACCUGAGGAAACAAUCUUUUUUGCUUCUCGUCCUUUAAACUUAAACCUACACAACCUAGACACAACUUUAUCAACACAAUGAUAUAAUGAUCUAAACACAAAGUAUCUUAUCUGCAAUGAUAUUGCAUCAUAUUGAAAUCAAUCACCAACUGUUAUCGGUAGUAAAACCAUUCGUUGAAACAACAUGAAGUAUGUAUUAAUUAAAUAUAAUCUUUAAAUGUUUUGGCUAUCUCUAUUUCGGCGCCUAAGCUGCGAAAUUGAAGUAGACACAACUCUAUAUCAUAAAGAUAAAUGUAAAAAAAUAUCAAAAAUUAAAAGUCGAUCAUUAUUCAAAAAAUACGAUUUAUCAAUACAAUUAUCACUUUAUAAUCUUUCAACCAUCAAUGAUAAACAACUUUUGCGACUAUGUGUUAAGAAAUAAAUACAGAUAUUUGUACAAUUUAUUAAUAGUGUCAUUUGACUUCUAAAAUAAAACUAUGUUAACAAAAAUUUUUUGUGUUAAAGAGUUAAUACAACAUUAAUAGUAUUCGCACCAAUAUUUUCGAUGCUAUGUAUCAUUCAUAUCGUUGUUUUUUUCUUUUUAUAAUUAUUAUCGAUAGAUUUGGUUAUUUUUAAUUUUUAUUUUAUUCACGCUGUAAUA